AGAAGAAACACUAGCGCAUGCGCUGUUGGCGAAGGUUUCACAUUUUCAUUAUCGUCUAACGAAUUGAUGAAGAAAUAUUACAGAUUUACCGUAUCUGAUUGUAUUCGAAACACAUAAUUUUGACGCUUGUAUCGCCUUAUCAUUUCAUCUCCCCGUCCGUCAAUCAGAAGGCGCGAUGAACUAUUCUGACAAUGACUCUGAUGGGUAUUUAUCGAGUGAAGAUGCUGAUUACGUUCCAUCAGAUGAUAAUGUCAGCGAGGAUGAUAUCAAUGAGUGUGAAAAGGAAGAGCCUUUGGACGAAAAUGACAGUGUGCCGCAUCCUGACAAAAUUACUAAGAGGAGAAAAAAAGACAGCAAUUUGAGAAAAAGGCCAAAACGAUUGCUGAAAGUAGACAAAGAGGAGACGAAUGGAGGUGUCACUGAAGAAGAUCAGCCACUACACGAAGAUAAGGAAGAACCGACACAAAUACAGAAUAAUCAGGAAGCUGCACAAAAGAAGCAAUCAGAUGACCUCUGGGCUCGUUUCUUGUCUGAUGUUGACCCCAGACCAAAAGCAUCGAUGGCUGCAUUGCCAAUUCAUGCCACGCCAGAGGCUCAUUCUUCUGUUUCUAGUGUUUGUAAGAGAACUGAAUCGCAGGAAUCGGAUCCAGCAAAAGUCACCAUUGUCAAAGUUUUUGAUUUUGCUGGAGAAGAAGUCAGGGUCAAUAAAGAGGUACUAGCAGACUCCAGAGAAGCAAAGAUACAUUUGCAGAGCCAAUGUACAAAAGAAAAAAUAGAUGAAGAAAAUCCCACAUCUUCCAGCCAAUCACCCUGUCCUGUCCCCAGCAGUUCCAAACGGCCAGCAGGGAUGUCCAGUUUACUGAGUCGUAUGGGGGGAAAGAAACAAAAAAUGAGCACACUGGAGAAGUCAAAGUUGGACUGGAAUGCUUUUAAAUACGAGGAGGGCAUCACAGAGGAGCUGGCAAUCCACAACAGAGGUAGAGAAGGGUAUGUGGAGCGGAAGAACUUCUUGGAGCGUGUUGAUCACAGACAAUUUGAGAUGGAGAAAGCAGUGCGUCUAAAAAACAUGAAACAUUCCUCAUAACUACCACACUAUAAUUUCCUCUGUAUUAAGCUCUUCUGUGUUGGGUAUAUUUCAUUAUUGGAAUUGAGUUUGUAAUAGUGUGACCUCAAGGUCAGGGUUUCACUCUGUACUACAGUCAGUGAAGGUGAUCUGGUUUGCGGGAAUGGGAAACUAGGAGCGCAAUAUCAAGUCAACCCUUCUGCUACUUUGUUAUCAAUUGUUUCUCUAUUAUUAUUACUGUGUGUAUGUAAUAACGUUGACUCAUCAAAUCGAAACUUCCAGUGUAAUGCAGCCUACUAAAAUUGUGAAUAAAGCAGCAUGUGUAUCCAACUUUCAA